AUGACGAAUUCGGCCAAUGUUGGAAAUGGCGCCGGACAAGACAAGACCAAAGUCAUAAUUGUAGGCGCCGGCUUUGGCGGCCUCACGGCAGCUGUUGAAUGUCACCGACGAGGCAUUCACGUGGAGAUUUACGAAGCCUUUCCCGAGCUCAAGGUCCUGGGCGACAUUAUCUCGUUUGGCCCCAACGCCGGCCGCAUCUUUGCCCGGUGGUCGGACGGCGAGAUUGCCGCCAAGCUCAAGCGCGAAUGCAUCGACUUGAGCCAGUACGGGUUCCGCAUUCACAAGUACGAUACUGGCGAGAUUGUAGCGCAGCAGCCCGCUUCGCAGUCCAAUAAGGAUGCUCCCACGCUCAAUGGACAUCGUGGGGAGUUGCACGAGAUUGUAUUCAACUAUGUCCGGGAUCAACUUGGUGUGCCUAUCCACCUAGGCCAGAGGGUUGUAGAGUACUUUGAGACUGAAGAUGAUGCUGGCAUAAUAUUAGAAAAUGGAGAAAAGGUCACUUGCGAUUGUGUGAUUGGUGCCGAUGGGGUUCGGUCCAAGGCCCGGGAGCUGGUCUUGGGCUACGAGGACAAGCCAAAAAGCAGCGGAUAUGCCAUUUGGAGAGCAUGGUUUCCCAGCGAAAAGCUGGCCGAAGAUCCUCGCACGGCCGAGUUCUGCGUCAACGGAGAUACCUUCAAUGGUUGGAUCGGACCAGAUGCGCAUUUCCUAUUUUCCACGCUCAAAGGUGGCAAGUGCUGCUCAUGGGUACUGACGCACAAGGACACAUAUGAUAUCGAAGAGUCUUGGUCGUUUCCGGGAAAAAUCGAAGACGUCCUAGAGAUGCUGGCCGAUUGGGAUCCCAUCUGCAGCGCCAUUGUCGAAAAGACGCCUUCGGUAGUCGACUGGAAGCUCGUGUACCGUGAGCCGCUACCGCGAUGGGUGAGCAGUGGCGGAAGGAUUGCCCUGAUUGGAGACGCUGCGCACCCAUUCCUCCCAACUAGUGUGCAAGGCGCUUCGCAGGCCAUGGAAGAUGGCGUGACUAUUGCAUCGUGUGUAGCAAAGGCUGGCAAAGGCCGGAUUCCUCGGGCUCUCCAGGCUUAUCAAGAUAUCAGAUACGAGCGAGUCGGAGCCGUCCAGAAGACGGGAGAGUCGACGAGGGAGCGAUGGCACAAGGCAGAUUGGAAGAAUGUCAAGCAAGAUCCAGACAGCAUAAAGCUACCACGCGAGGACUGGAUUCUUCAGUUUGAUGCUGAGCGCCACGCAUCCGAGGUUUUGGAGGAGUUGUUCCAAAAAGCCUAG